AUGCUGUGUGUCAGGAUGCUGUGUAUCAGGAUGCUGUGUGUCAGGAUGCUGUGUAUCAGGAUGCUGUGUGUCAGGAUGCUGUGUAUCAGGAUGCUGUGUGUCAGGAUGCUGUGUAUCAGGAUGCUGUGUGUCAGGAUGCUGUGUAUCAGGAUGCUGUGUAUCAGGAUGCUGUGUGUCAGGAUGCUGUGUAUCAGGAUGCUGUGUGUCAGGAUGCUGUGUAUCAGGAUGCUGUGUGUCAGGAUGCUGUGUAUCAGGAUGCUGUGUGUCAGGAUGCUGUGUAUCAGGAUGCUGUGUAUCAGGAUGCUGUGUGUCAGGAUGCUGUGUAUCAGGAUGCUGUGUGUCAGGAUGCUGUGUAUCAGGAUGCUGUGUAUCAGGAUGCUGUGUAUCAGGAUGCUGUGUAUCAGGAUGCUGUGUAUCAGGAUGCUGUGUGUCAGGAUGCUGUGUAUCAGGAUGCUGUGUGUCAGGAUGUUGUGUGCCGGUGCCAGUUCAACGAUCUGUCAUUGCUGUUUGGCGCCAGUGGAGCUGCUAUCUGCAGGUCUGUGUAGUGAAGCCAACUAUGUGCUACAGCUUCCAUAG